UCAAAAUUUAAUGUUUUAUUGAUUGCACCAUAGAUCAGUGGUACAUUAGUUUUUAGACUAUAGUUACCAUUUUUUUGUCCCUUUCUUUUUUAGCAAAGUAAACAACUAUAUACCGCAUUAUAAAAAAAUGUUAUGUUAAGAGGCCACGAAUGUAAAGGUCUUGGCCUUUAAUUUCUUUUGCGGAGGCUCAAAGGAGACUGAAGACGUUUCUUUAUAAUAUUUCUAAAAGAUUUAAGUUUUGCCUUUAACCUAGCAAAGAUGAUGUGGAAGAAAAGGUGAAGAUAAAUUAUUUUUUAUGCCCAAAUAUCUGGAAUUUCUCCUUUUCUAUUCUAAUCUUCAUUUUAGAACGACUAAAUUAAAAAUUCAUUGUAAGACAUCUUCUGAAAAUUAUGCAGUUUUCCGUACCUGGCUACCCUAAAUUUAUUUUGACGUCAUAUCUGCUUUACGUUGUGAAACGUUGCCCAUGUGUUCGGAAAUUUGUUAUGAAAUAUGAUGAAAUUCUAAUUUUCUAAUAUAAAUGUAAUUUGAGUAUAAAAGGCGUUAUUGCAAUUUUAAAACCUACUUUCAAUUAUAAUUAUAAGAAUGGUGAUAACUCUCACGAAAAAAUUUGUUUCAUCAUUUAUGUUUUUAUUCAAACAUUAUUUAUUUUUUUGUUUAAAUACAAGGUAUUUCUUAAAAAUCAUCAUUAAGUGUUGAAUGUUGAACAAUCUAGUAAAACAUGGAUAAAACAUGUUUUAAUUAUUAAUUUGUUGAUUCUAUUAUAUGACAUUAUUUUCUUAUGGUAUUUUUAAUCUGUAUCAAAAGUCACUUGAAAGCCGAACAACCAAUAACCCGCACCCCUCUUAAACUUAACUUUAGCAAAAAUCAGAAAAUAUUACAAAAAAUAAAUAAAUUACAAUGUGCUAUACCUUAAAUACGCUCAAAUAAAAUACAAGAACUGACGCGAAAACUUCAUUUCAAUUAAAUAUGUCAAAUUGAUUAAUUAUAAGUGUUUCAUGCAUACAAUAUUGGAGGAAUAAAUUCGGCACUAUGUUUAAGAGUCGUGGAGAUAGUAAUAUUGUAUAUAAAUGUACUGUUCGGUUGUUGGAAGAUACUGAAAUAUUAGAGUGCGAAUUUCAUCCUGGUUACAAGGGGAAAUAUCUUUUAGAGCAUGUAUGCCAGCAGCUGAAUUUAGCAGAAACUGAUUAUUUUGGACUGAGAUAUGUGGAUUCUGCAGGCCAGAGGCACUGGCUGCAUAUUGCUAAAUUAAUAUUGAAACAAGUAAAAGAUUCCUCACCGAUACUCUUUAGUUUUCGAGUUAAAUUCUAUCCACCGAACCCACUUCUGCUGAAAGAGGAUGUCACUCGGUUCCAAAUAUAUUUGCAACUUAAACGGGACCUCUUGCAUGGGAGGCUGUAUUGUACAGCUAAUGAAGCAGCUAUGCUUGGUGCUUUAAUCAUACAGAUCGAACUAGGCGAUUACGAUCCGAGUAUACAUGUAGGGAACUACGUGACGGAGAUGCGUCUGUUGUUGAGACAAACAGAUGCAAUCGAGGCCAGGAUACAGGAGCUGCACCGGGAGCCUGUAGAGGGGACGGCGUGCGGCGCGGGCGGCGUGAAGGGUCUCAGCACUCAGGAGGCUGAGCGGACCUUCCUGAAGAUCGCCUGCCAGCUUGAUACCUACGGAGUUGACCCACAUCCUGUUAAGGACCACCGCGGCAACCAGCUGUACGUGGGCAUCAACCACGGCGGUAUCCUCACGUUCCAGGGCGGCCGCAAGACCAACCACUUCAAGUGGUCCGAAGUCAACAAAAUCAAUUUCGAAGGACGCAUGUUUAUCGUGCAUCUAAAUUAUCCUGAAAAGAAGCACACAGUGGGCUUCAAGUGUCCGAGCGGCGCCGCGUGCCGGCACGUGUGGUGCUGCGCUAUCGAACAGAUGCUGUUUUUCACUUUGCCAUCGUCUUCGGACGCGUGCGUGUACUCCGGCGGCGGGCUAUUCUCGUGGGGUACCAAGUUCAAGUACGUUGGUCGCACCGAGAGAGAGAUACUAGAAAGGGACGGUCUACUGCCUCCCAGGGACCAUUCGGAGGAAGGUUCAAGCGGCGGCGGCAGGAGGAAAGCGUCGAGCGUGCCCGCCACGCCCUCCACACCCAUGACUGGGGACUUUGGGUACAGCAGCCUGCCGCGGUCGACGCACAGCGCGCCGCUGGAGGAGAGCGGGGUGGGGGGUGCGGGCGGUGCGGGGGAGGGCGAGGUGUGCGACGGCGCCUGCCUGCUCAGCGGCGCCGCGGUCGACAUCGCGCUCGCCUGCUGCGACAACACCUCCACUGCCUGUCCUGAGUAUAGCCGGGAUGCUUACGAGCACUCGUCUACUGAGUCUGCUGCUACGCACGGCACGCAUGGCACGCAUGUGUCGGGUCUGCAUGGGGCGCAGGGGGUGUCGGGGGUGUCGGGGGCGCAGGAGGAGUGGCGCGCCGCGCUGCAGCCGCCCCCGCGCCCCUUCAGCCUGCUGCGCGCCUUCAUACCCUCCUUCUUGUUCGUGUGGCUGUCGCUGGCGCUCGGCGCACUGCUGCUCUUCGAGACGGACUGGCCGCUGCUGCAGCAACUCAAACGUAAGCCAGAAAUCAUCUCCCUCAGACAUCACUACUAUACCCCCCUCAAGGAGUACUUGAAAAAGAAGGUCAUCGAACUUUUCUGAUUCUUUGUCAAUCUCUAUAGACGGAUUUUUGAGGACAAUAUGCCUUGGUUUUUCGUUGUAUUCAUGUUGAAUAGACUCUGGGUGGUGGAGGUCCGUCUGUAGAUAGUUGUGAGCCAUUUUGGUUUUUAGUGUUUUGUUGCUUCACAGCUUUACUAAU